CUCUUCCCACACUAAUACAUCUAAGAUCAUUCUAAUUCACCACUCAUUGUGUUGUGUAUCCUUUUGAAUGUCAUUUCAUUGAAACAGUUGUAUGUUUUCUGCGCAUAUGUUCGAACCUCUUCGUUACUGGGUUAAGCAUAUUUGUGUGGCUAUUGAAAGGGUUUUGAGUUUCCGUCACCUUGUCACGUCAAUGAUGUCUGCUAGUCGUGCCAGUGCUAACAGAGCUAACGUUAGAGCAACAAGGUCACUGAGAAACCUCAAACGUUCUCGUCAAAGAUCAAUGACAGCUAAAAUAACAUUUAAACUACUUCCAGCUACAGACUUACUUGAGUGCUCGCCGUGCUCAGCAGCGGCAGAGAGCUGGCGGCGGGUCUGGGUCAGAGAAGACCUCACCAACGAUUGUGUGAAGCGUCCGAAAGCAGCCAUCUUCGUUUCAGAUGACGAUGGACAGAACGGAAGUACGUAAUAUGGACACCCCACGUGACAGGAAACACAGUCUGAGUCAGAUUUUUCAGUUUUUUAUUUACAUUUUUACUUACAGGUCUUAUCCGUAGUCAUUUUUAUUUAAAUAAUAGACGAGUAUAGCGAAUAAACAUUUAUGAAGUAAAGAGUGUCUUAGAAUAGUCGACUGUUAAACGAUAUUUGGAGCAAUUUCGCAGUCAAAUGACAUCGCUUCCGGCUUCCCUUCAGAGUUCAGGCAAAUGAAGGCCAGAGACAAGAGAGAAUAUAGGGCAUUGUUUGGGAGAGGAAAGGACCGGUCCAGGGUGUACAUCACCUCUCGCGCAAAGUCAACUGGGAUAGGCUCCAGCAUACCCCCCGCGACCCUAAUGAGGAUAAGCGGCAUAAAAAAUUGAUGGAUGGAUGGGAAAGGAAAGGCUGCAUGCGCCUCAUAUACAGAUAAUAGCAACCUGUAUUAACAUAAAAACAUUCCAACGGAGUCAGUGCCUCACCAGCCAUCAACCUCAACACUCGUCACUGCUGUCUCUACUAAAGGGGAGGACUGUGUGUGGGUUCAGAGUCCGACCAGGCAAUAGUGCAUGUUCUAGUUCAUCUGGAUAGGUGAGGGGGGGAAAAACCCUCCAAAAUUAAUGGUGAUGGAAUCACAGUACCACCAGUUUGGGUCACCACCCAGUGAGAGAUUUCAGCUUGCAGAGCAGAACAUGAAUUUGCAGAAAGGUAUGAACAGGAUAUUGGUGUAUGUCAUCUAUGGCAUCAUAGUUGCCCUGCUUUUCAUUCAGCUGAUGGUAACCGGGAUAAAAUUCUCCCAAUUAAACAUGGAAGUCAGUGAUGUCAAGCUGCUUCUUGAUAAACUCAGCCAUCAAAUUUCCAGUUCAGGAAGUGGGACCCCUAUAGAAGAUGUUCAUAUAGAAAGACUUGUCCCAGUUAGAGGAACAUGUAAGGAAGGCUGGGUGUCUUUCCAAAGGAGUUGCUACCUGCUGUCCACCACCACAGCCACAUGGAGCAAAGCUGAAGAGCAGUGUCACUCUCAUGGAGGACACCUGGUGGUUCUGAAUGGUGUGGAGGAACUGGACUUUAUUUCGGGAAUUUCUGAAAUCACCUAUAAAUACUGGAUUGGACUAGUGGAGAGAACACACGAGGGGGAGUGGAGUUGGGUGGAUGGCACUGAUUACAACAUAACCCCAAAGUUCUGGGAUGUAGCUCAACCUGACAACUGGGCCUUCAGAAGAAAUGGAGAGGACUGUGGCCAACUCCAUGCUACCGAUAUACGCAUCAGGAGGAGGUGGAAUGAUGCUGACUGCAAUGUGUCGUACAACUAUAUUUGUGAAAUUAAGACAUGACAGCCUCCUUUUUUAUUGUCUCAGACAAACACUGACUCUCUAAGUAGGCCACACAGAUAAGAUAAAAAAUGAUGUCAUAGUCUGGACUUUUACUACAUAAGCAAAUAAAACACUCAAAAGCAGCUGGAAGUUGCAGUGUUGCCUUCAUGCAUGUGAUU